AGAGAUGCGCUGCCGACUAGACUCGCUGCUGGGAAGCUGGUUCUACAAACUUGGCCUGACGGUAGGCCAUACUCCCGGAUACUUCAUCAUCAUCCCCAUCCUGCUGACCCUGCUCUGCAUCACCGGCUACCAGAGGGUCCACUACAUGAUAGACCCGGAGUACCUCUUCUCCCCGGAGAACGGCGAGGGCAAGUACGAGAGGGCUGUCGUCGAGUCCUUCUUCAAGAUGAAUUACUCCGCCAGGUUCAACCCAACCAGGAUAACAAGGCCAGGUCGAUUCGGACGGGUCAUCAUCUUGCCUAAGGAAGGAGACGAUCUGCUAUCGGUGGAAGUGUGGCGGGAGCUGCGCAUCCUAGACGAGAUAAUAAGGAACGCCUCCAUCACCUUCGGGGAGGACCAGGAGGUGUUCACUUACAGAGAGAUCUGCGCCCGCUGGGAGGGCGAGUGCUUCGACAACGACAUCCUCAACCUGGAUAAAAUCAUGGAGGACGUGGUGACUGGAGCCCUCAACCUCACCUUCCCCAUCAUGAUUAACCCCGUCACCUGGGACGCUCACAUCUUCCCCGUGUACUUCGGAGGGCCUGUCGUGUCCGAGGAUGGUAUCAUAGAGAAGGUUCCUUCCCUGCAGCUGGCCUACUUCGUCAAUGCAGACUCCAAGUAUCAGGAUAGCAGAGGGGCAGCCUGGGAAGAUGCCUUCUUGGAAGCCGUAGGUAAGGCGGAAGACUCCGGAAUGUUCGAGUACAUCAGCACCGCAAGGUUCGCCUCCCGUACCCUGGACAUCGAGCUGGAACGUAACACCCAGUCGGUCGUCCCUUACUUCGGCUCCACCUUCAUCAUCAUGGCAGUCUUUUCCACCCUGACCUGCAUGAUGGCGGACUGGGUGCGAAGCAAGCCCCUUCUUGGAAUACUUGGCAACGUCUCCGCAGCGAUGGGUACGUUGGCUGGGUUCGGCCUGGCGGUCUAUCUGGGUAUAGACUUCAUCGGUAUCAACUUGGUUUCUCCUCUUCUCAUGUGCAACCGUAGCACCCAACUUUCGAAAUGUUGCCAGUGUAGCCCGCGCACGUGGCCUGGGUCCCCAACAUGCCCGACCGCCUCCUCUCUCGUCCCCCUACCACCCCUCCCCCUGGCAGACCGGUCAAGGAUGCUAGAUGAUGGGGGCAAGAGUGAGAGAGUGCUCAGUGAGCUGAUUCCUUAUCUCGAUUCAUGGCAGGUCGUGUGUUCUCGGGAAUUCACCUUGGCCGAAGGCUGGCCGAAUGGGAUUUACAAGUAUCGGGAUCGACGACACCUUCGUGAUGCUGGCGGCCUGGAGGAGGACCCCCGUGACAGACCCUGUACCGGAGCGGCUGGCCCACACCAUGUCCGAGGCUGCCGUCUCCAUCACCAUCACCUCCGUUUUGCUGUUGCCUUUAUCUUUGUUUGGCAUAUCACCUUCUUUGCCGGUUGUAUGGCUGUGGCUGGUUAUGCUGAGAGAAGUAACAGGCAUUCGAUUUUAUGCAUCAAAGUGCAACCUGUUUCAAUGUCAACUGAAAAAUCAUGGCUAUACAGAGUAUUCUGUUCGGGCGGUGUUAACCCUAAAGAUCCUGAUAACCCAGCUGACAAUCCAGAAAAUAUGCUGAUGGUUUUCUUCAGAGACUGUCUCGCUCCAUGCCUCAGCUGGUGGCCAGUAAAAGUCCUCAUUUUAUUGGCCUUUGCAGCAUACCUAGGUGGUGCCUGUUAUGGACUAACUACACUUCAGGAAGGCUUACAAAGACGGAAGCUUUCUAAAGCUGAUUCGUAUUCCAUCAUAUUCUAUGACAGAGAAGACAUCUACUUCAGAGAGUUCCCAUAUAGAAUGCAGGUUGUAGUGACAGGAGAUUUGACAUACUCAGAUCCUAAAACUCAAGAAGCUAUUGAAAAUCUGACAAGAACCUUCGAAGCAUCGCCUUAUAUAUCUAACUCACUAUACACAGAGUCGUGGGUACGCUCCUUUGUCAGUUAUGUUAAAAGGAAUCAAGAUUACCUUAAUGUAUCAAUUGACACAGAAGAAGACUUUAUUAUGAACCUAAAAGAUUUGUGGCUGUUUAAACCUAAUGCUUUUUCACUGGAUGUGAAAUUUUCUGAUGAUGGCUCUAAAAUUGUUGCUUCAAGAAUGAUGAUUCAAGCUGUAAAUAUUAGUGAUGCCAACAUGGAAAAAGAUAUGGUGAGAGAUUUGAGAAGAAUAGCAAGAGAAUCGCAUCUGAAUGUUACCGUCUUCCAUCCAUAUUUUGUAUUCUUUGAUCAGUUUGAACUGGUAAAGCCGACAUCCAUUCAGUCAAUGAUUGUUGGAGCCUGCAUCAUGAUGAUUAUCUCGUUCAUUUUCAUACCUAACAUUCUCUGUUCUCUAUGGGUUGCUUUUUGCAUCAUAUCAAUAGAAUUGGGCGUGGCAGGAUACAUGGCUCUUUGGGAUGUCAAUUUGGACUCUAUAUCAAUGAUCAACCUCAUCAUGUGUAUUGGUUUCUCAGUAGACUUCACAGCACACAUAUGUUAUGCUUAUAUGUCUUCAAAAGCAGAAACACCAAAAGAAAAAAUCAAGGAAUCCCUGUAUGCACUAGGUUUACCAAUAUUCCAAGGAGCAACUUCUACUAUACUUGGUGUCAUCGCAUUAGUAUUAGCUCAGAGUUACAUAUUUCUGGUCUUCUUUAAGAUGAUAUUUUUGGUGAUAUUGUUUGGUGCUCUGCAUGGUAUGUUUCUCCUUCCUGUACUGCUCUCUCUUUUUGGACCAGGUAGCUGUAGGAAGAAAGGGCAGAUACAAGUUGAGAAAUUCCCUCACCCUUAUUCAAUUCCUCACCCACAAUUCCGAAAGCACCCAUCAUUUGAAGCUGAUCUUAGAGGAAAAUUUGUUGAAAAAGAUCUAGGACUUGGAACUUCAGGAGAAGAUUCGAGUGAAUCCAGUUCUAGCAAGUCUGAAAGGAGAAGGAUUGAGGAAGAAGAACAGAGGCAGAGAUAUCUAGAAGGUUGGAGACGCUCACAUGUCCGAUCUCACUCAUACCACAAUGGUGGCUACCUUAGCGAUGAAGAGAUGAGAGCCUGGUCCAACAGAGGCUCCUAUCCCAACACCAAUCGCUAUGCGUGAUGCCACUCUUCACCACUAUAAACCUGUAAAUAAGUAAAAGUAAAAUGGACCAAUUUAUUGUAAACAAUGUUUACUUCCACUUGAUGAUAAGAUUUAACUGUUGAAAUUGGAUAGCAAUCCAAACUAUAAAUAAUAAGUUUUAGUUCCCAAAUUAUGAAAUUAUAUGAGAUAUCUUGCAUUGAAGUAGGCUACUAGGUUUACAAGGCAGUAAACUUCCUAGAACACUUGUAGGUCUUGAGACAAUAGUGUAAUGUACUUGUUAUUCAGGACUACAUUACAAGUCUAUAUGGCAUACCUUAAAUUGUUUAGAGAUACUGCCUUGUACUAACUUAAUAUUGCAUCGCUCAUGCAGUUUGUAAAUAUAUAUAUUUUUUCCAAGACACUCCAAAGAAAUUUUUAUGUAUAUUCUCUAUAAAAAAUUACUACUAAAAACUAUUUGUAUAAAUGUGUGACUGCCUGUGAGUAUGAUGAAUUGUGUUAAUUAUAAUUUGUAUAGUGUAAUUCCUGUUUCUAAAUGCGUUGUUAGUAUUAUAAAGAGAGUGCUCCGCAUUUUAACUGUAUAUAAAAACUACAUAGCAGUUAUAUAUAUAUAUUAGUUUGAAUACAUAUACCUGUAUAUAUAGUAUUAUUAUUAUAUUUACAGACUAAUUAAUGUAAUGAUUACCAUGUUCUUGAGUCGUAGUGAGCAUUAAAAUAAUUUAUUUCUACUUCCGAAUUGCUCAAGCACAGAUUUUUAAUUUUAUUUUUUUAUGUAUAUAACAUGUUUAUGGGUAAACUGUGAUUAUAAUUUUUCUGUAUCUUUUAUUAUAAGAAUAUUAUGAAUUUACAAGAUAUUUCAAAGAUUUUAUUUAAUAAGCUUUGAAUUAUAAUUUAAUUUUUAAAAGUUCUGAAUUAUAAUUUUAUGUCUUAUUAAUGUUGUUUACAAGAAUAAAAUUCACAACAAAUUUAUAGAUGUCAAUGUGAAAAUAAUAUCAUUUAAUUUAAUUACCAGAUUAAUAUAAAUAUUUGGUCAUUGUUAAAAAUAUAUUGUGAUUUUAAAUUUAGAGAAUAUCUUUAUUUUAUUAUUUUGUGAUGAUUUCUUAUUGUAAGAUAUAUUAUUAUUGGAAAUAUUCUGUUACAAUGAAAUUACAAAAUUAUUAUAUAUGUUGUAGUUUUAAAUGAUUUUUUUCUUUUAUUUAUUUGUUCGCAACAUAUAUGUAUUAUCAAAAUUAAUAUUUAGCUAUUACCGGACAUGAAUCUCAAAACCUAUAUAGAUAAUAAAGCAAAGUUUUUAUUUUCAGAAGAUUCAAUUUUAUAGGAUUUAAUAUGCAUCUCGCUUUACUGAAGUAAUGUAACUUAUUUUUAAAAGUCUGUAUAUUUUAUAAUUUUUAAAUAAAUAAUUUUAUUUCUAU